GAAGACAUCAGAAAAAAAACAGGUCAAAUGAAUGCAACUAUGUCAUCAGCGCUUACCAUCCAGUUCCUCAUGGUGGCUUGUGUGAUGGGGCUUGUUUUAAUAUCAUUUGGAGCUGAGGGGGCACCUUCAAAACAUCUUCCGAAGAAAGGAAAGCAAGAAGAAUUGGAUCCAUCAUCAUCAUACCGGUUGAUCUUGGAUCCUGAGUUCAAAUCCCCGGCCAACCCGAACCUUCCAAUAAACAACGACUCCAUCUCUCCAUGGACCUACACGUUUAUGCAUGACGAGAGCCUGUACCCUUCUAACAUCGCAGUGGCGAAGUGUUCACUGACUGGAUGUCUGAUAGAUGGCACUGAGGACCAGGAUUACCAGUCCAAACCUAUUUACACCCAAAUCAUGGUCUUGAGGAAAAUUCGAGGAGAUAAGCACAACUAUUCCUUGAGACUCGAGUACAAAACCAUCGCAGUGGGAUGCACCUGCGUUCGUCCAUAUGUACAACAUUUUUAA